GUGGCCCCAACUACAGCACCAACCACAGCCCCAACUACAGCACCAACCGUGGCCCCAACUACAGCACCAACCACAGCCUCUACUGCAGCAGCAACCGUGGCCCCAGCUACAGCAGCAACCAUGGCCCCAACUACAGCACCAACCGUGGCCCCAACUACAGCACCAACCACAGCCCCUACUACAGCAGCAACCGUGGCCCCAACUACAGCACCAACCACAGCCCCUACUGCAACAGCAACCAUGGCCCCAACUACAGCAGCAACCGUGGCCCCAUCUACAGCAGCAACCGUGGCCCCUACUGCAGCAGGAACCGUGACCCCAACUACAGCACCAACCGUGGCCGCAACUACAGCACCAACCACGGCCCCUACUGCAGCACCAACCUUGGCCCCAACUAUAGCAGCAAAUACGACACCUACUGCAGCAAUUGGAAACCCCCCAGCAACAGUAGUCAGCACAACCACCCAAAGGCCCUUUCCUGGAUUCGCUGCUGCCAUCAUUGUCAUGUGUGGCUUAGCCAUCUUGGCUGUCCCAGUUGUAAUGAUUUUGGCCCUGAAGACCAAAAUGUGUUCAAAGCUGGCACAGGCUUGCUCUCUGGAGUCUCCCAUCUAUGAGUAGGAGCAUUAAUACAGAUACGAAUAAGCAUGGCAUCCAAUGCCAGACUGAUGGGAAAACAACAAAAAGAAGAAUUAAGAAAACAUGAAUUAUAUAAAUGUUUAUUGAAUACAUUUGAUUUGACAAGAAGAUUUUCACUAUGCUCAUGAAGUUUUUCCAGGAAGAA